GCACCAUUGGCACUGGAAUUAACUCCCCAUAAUCACGAAACUCAAGCGGAGCGAAGAGGAUAAUUCUCACAGAGACAUACACUCACUCGACGAAGACAGAUAGAUAGACACACAGACAGACACAACAGGCGCAGACCGGGCGAAAGCGUUUGAAUGCCCUCCUCUUUCCCUUUUUCCUUCGUCCCUGCCUGCAUCCGUCAGUGCAGAAGUGUGCCGUGUUCGGCUUGCGAGAGAGGGAUCGGAAGCGAAGCAAAGGGGGCUAGGGGCUAGUUGUGCGUGGGUGGGUCGGGGAUCAGACGUGUCCAGCGUGCGCCAUCACCACUCAGCGUUUAUUUGCGUGGAGGAUUCAGUGAGCUCUGCGAGACCGUGGGAGGGUUUGUUCCCGGGGUUCCCGUAGGUAGUGAAAGGAAGGCGGAGUUUGAGGCGAACCGCGGCGGCGGAUGAGAUUUUCUCUGCCGACGCGGGCAAGCGGACGGAAGAGAGGACUAGGACGAGCAAUCUUUUUUGUGUUAUCGAGCGAUCUUGCCCCGUGUGCGACGAUGUUCGCAUUGUUGAGACUUAUUGCGACCAGCUGUGACCUCUCGAGUUUCUUCGCUCUUUGUAACGACACUGCCUCGGGUUCAUAGAUUGCGGUCCUCGCUUGCGUUCAGGUUGUUUUGUUGUCUCCGAUUACCUCUAGGCCUGACGACGCCUCUUGCGGAAGGAUUGUCGUCUUGGAGCGCCAUUCUCGCCUAACGGUGCUGCACAGAAAGCGGAGAAAUACUCGAUAUUUUCCUUAGGAGAAAUCAAGCUUACGCGGGAUAAUCACUACUUAAGUUUAUAAUCACCACAGAUCUUCAUCAGCGAUAGAGUGUCUACGCUCAAUGUACCGAGUAGCACUGAAUUAAAAUUUGAUUUAGAGGCGAUUGGGGUUUGAAAUGAGUCAUUAUAACUGCUAUGCAACGGCGUCGUGGUUUCGUGCAGAGGAAUCUGGAAACGGUGAAGUGUCAUUAAGGGAGAAUGCAAUUUCAGUGAGCUAGCAAUGGCGGACAAUAGUUCAAAAAGUCCUGAGGUUAUUCAAGCGCAAAGAAAUCCGGAUCAACCAGGUGAUACACGAUGUACAAGGAAUGACGGCAAAGUUUGGCGAUGUAAGAAGCCCAGGGUGGAAGGGAAUCGGUUUUGUGUGAGCCAUUUGAAGCCUGUACCUGCGGGUGGUUCGAAAGCUGUGAAGAGACGGCAUUCAACUACCGAUAUCGCACCGCCUGAGAAAAAGCCCCGCAGAAGUGGCGGUUUGGGGUCGGACGCUGCGCUUCACGACUCUAAUGAUUCUCAGGAACGUUCUAAUGAGUUAAGGACUGGAGGUGAGGAUGCUACUCGUAAAGUGCGGAAGCGGCCGCAGAAAGUUACGUAUGCCGCCGAAUUCCUCCCUAAUCGCCGCAAAUCAAUUUCAGGAGAAUUGACAAUCUGCGACAUCUCGGAGAAGCCUAGUAAUGGUAAGGUGGAGAAAGAGGACGGAAUCAAAUCGAAGAUUGAAAAAACUUUCGUUCGGAAGACUGAAAAGAAAGAACUCGUGGCAAAAAAUGAAGAUGAUGAAAGCAGAGAUACGGUGGUUUUGAAGGUUUACAAGAAGGAAACUAGUACCAAUGGUAAGGCCACCAAUGGACAUUCUUCUCUGAAAGUGGUCAAGAAAGAAGAGAAAGUUGAUGAAGGAAGCGACGAAGACUCAGAUGACAGCUUUGAGAAGAAAGUCGCUCGAGGCCGGCGCCCUAAAGAGGUCAAGUGGAAGAGCACAGAUAAAGAUGAUAAUCGGAAUGGAAGGAGUAGAAUGUGCCAUCAGUGUCAAAGAAAUGAUAAGAAUCGGGUUGUCUUUUGCACCAAAUGCGAUUCUAAGCGAUAUUGCGCUCCCUGUAUUAAGGCCUGGUAUCCACGUUUGACAGAAGCUGACGUCUCCAAUGAAUGUCCCUUCUGCAAAGGAAAUUGCAACUGCAAGGCUUGUCUUCGAACUGAUGGACCUAAGCGGAUUGCUAAGGAAAUAUCAGAAGCAGAGAGGACGAAGUUCUUAAAGUACAUGCUUAAUGGAAUUCUUCCUGUUCUAAAGCAAAUUGAGCUAGAGCAGAAAGAAGAGUUGCAAAUUGAGCGCAAGAUUCAAGGUACAGAAGACAUCAAAGUUGAAAAUGCGAACGUAUCUAUGGAUGAGCGAAUAUACUGUGAUAAUUGUAGUACAUCUAUUGUAGACUACUUUCGGAGCUGUGAUGGCGGCACUCCUCCCUGUGAGUGCACUUAUGAUUUGUGCUUAACCUGCUGUCGUGAGCUUCGUGCUGGGCUGCAACCAGGCGGAGAACAAGCGGAGUCUGCACAACAGCACUCUGAGGCAAGAGUAACGAAAGAUGAAUCAGACAUGGAGGACGAGGAAGACCCUCAAGGAGACACUGUGCAGCAUAGCCCGGAUGUGCGGGAAGAGGAUGAAGAUAUGCAGGAUAAUGAGAAUAAUGAGAAGUCAGCAGAGUCCUCAGAGGAUACUGCAGAAGAUGAGUUGCCCGAUACUAUGGAACCUGGUAUAGGAACACACAUGCUUCCAGGAAUUCCUGGUAAGGAGGUAGUAUUGUUACCAGAGAUGUCUCCCAAGGAGGAGGGUGGCAGUGUUUUGGGGGACGAAAAUGCUUCAAAAAAUUCUUUAUCGAUAGAAUCCAGAAAAUCAGUAUUAACGGAAACUGAGUCAGGGAAGCUGAAGGUGGAGAAAGGAUUGCUAGGAGAGCCAGCAAAUCCAACCUCUGUGCCGGAUUGUGAAGCAACUAAAGAUGCAACGAGUGAGUCAGCGCAGCAGGAUGAUGAAGUUAUGAUAGAACCUGCUGAGUUUAGGGAGGAGAAAGACGUAAUAGCAGAGGCAGCUGAACCAAGUACUUCUAGGACUCCCAAAGCGGAUGAAGUAGAGGAUGGUGAAAGCAAAGAAACAGCUGAUAGAUCGGCUCAUCAAGGUGUCGGAGGUGUGGAUACUGGAGAACAAAUGGGGUUCGUAAAUGCUGGGGGUCUUUCUCUUGAACCUGUCAUCCUUCCGCCGUGGACUCCACUUGAAAAUGGUGACAUUCCUUGUCCUCCGAAAAUGCGGGGCGGUUGUGGGUGUCAUACGUUAAGGUUGAAAUCGCUUUUUGAGCAUAAUUGGGUUUUUCAAUUGAUCGAGGAAGUUGAAGAGCUGCUCCAGGAUUAUGAAAGUUUAGAGAAAGAAGACAGUUCUUGCUCUAAGUGUACGCAUUGUGCGGAGAACGGUACUGUGCGAUUGGCCGCUCAUCGGACAGAUGAUAAAGACAUUUAUCUUUACUGUCCUACUCUACAAGAGGCUGAGAAAGAUGGUUUAUCACAUUUUCAAAAGCAUUGGAGACAGGGACAACCUGUUAUUGUGCGAAAUGUGAUGGAGGGUGCCACCGGCUUGAGUUGGGAGCCGCUAACUAUGUGGCGAGCCCUGAGAGAAACAACCCGAGGCAAAUUUAAGGAUGACAGCAAAACUGUUCGUGCAGUUGAUUGUUCGGAUUGGAGUGAGACAGAGUUGAACUUCCAUAAGUUUUUCAUGGGUUACGAGAAAGGGUGGUUUGAUAAAAAUGGGUGGCCUACCAUGUACAAGCUCAAGGAUUGGCCACAAUCUGCUCGUUUUGAGGAGCGACUUCCACGCCAUGGGGGUGAAUUUCUCGCAUGUCUGCCUUACCACGAAUACACUGAUCCGAAGAGUGGCAUCCUUAACCUAGGUUCAAAGCUUCCGGAUGAAGCAGUAAAACCUGAUCUGGGACCCAAAACAUAUAUCGCUUAUGGCCUACGUGAGGAACUUGGUCUCGGUGAUUCAGUGACCAAGUUGCACUGCGACAUGUCAGAUGCGGUAAACGUUUUAACGCACUCUAAAGAAGUCAAAAUUUCUAAAAGCCAUAGAAAGGAGAUCUACAGGCUACGUGAUCAUUACAAAAAGCUAGCAGUUGAGCAGGUGAAUGAAUUCCUUGCUAGAACAAGUUCACAAGCGGCAGCAAAAGUGGCAAACAGAGACGAUGAUGAGAUGCCUUUACACCCAUUUAGUAACCCGGGGUCUAAUGACGAUACGAUUAUUGAAGCAAAUGACAUCAAACAAAGCGUCGAGACUGAUAAAGCUGUUGAGGGGAAAGAGGAUGGCACGGCUGUCACCGAUAUGAAUGAGGCUGAACCUGCAUAUGGUGGAGCGUUAUGGGAUAUCUUUAGACGAGAAGAUGUGUCCAAGUUACAAGAAUACCUGAUUAAACAUGUUGCAGAAUUCCGGCAUUAUGGUGAUUUGCCAGUUGACUCUGUAGCACAUCCUAUUCAUGAUCAAUCAUUUUACUUGGAUGAAGAGCACAAGAAAAAACUGAAGGAUGAAUAUGGAGUCGAAGCAUGGACAUUUGAGCAAUAUGAACAAGAAGCCGUGUUUAUUCCAGCUGGUUGUCCACAUCAAGUUCGCAACUUGAAGUCCUGCAUUAAGGUAGCCAUGGACUUCGUUUCUCCGGAGAAUGUUCUAGAGUGUGUGCGAUUGACGAACGAAUUCCGUCUGCUUCCUAUGGAUCAUCGAGCGAGAGAGGAUAAGCUGGAGGUGAAGAAGAUGAUACUGUAUGCUGCUCGAGAAGCCGUGGUGCAUCUGAAAGGCAAACCUAUAGAAGAUGAAUCAGUGGAGAAGGUUUAUAAACGGAACAUCAACAAGAGGAAAAAGAAUCGCAGACAUUUUUAGCAUUGUUAAUUCGUUCGAAUUGGAUUAAUUGGUAUGUGAAUAGCACCGCUCCUCAUUAUCAUAUCAGAAAACAUUGGUGUGUCGGCGGUGUUCCGUUAACAACGCCAGAAUCGGUCGUAAAGUUGAUUCAUUAUUAGCCACCCGUUCUGGUUAGACACAUUUCACGCCACUGACAUUACUCUUACAAGGGUUGUCUACAGAAUGCGAUCCAAAGUAGUAAGAGGUUGUUGACCAGUCCGUAGUUGAAGAAAGCUGAGGCUGCUUGUGACCAGCUAUGUGUUCUGAAGGUGUACACACCUCAAACUCGUGGUUGGUGAUGUGGUUCUUGUUACGACUCCGCAUCUUCCCAGCUUUAAAUUUCAACCCACGGAAACCACAGAGGAUUUUAGGCUGGUGUUUUUUUUCUUUUCUUUUCCUUUUUAAUCGAUGAAGGAUUUGUAAAUUCUUGAGAUUGUGUUACGUGUUUUUCCUUGAGAUUAAAUGCCCUGCAAAUGGGUUCAUUCAUGUUUCUGCA